AUGUUGCGCGAGCUGCUAUGUAUUAUUAUAUUAUUAUUUAUAUCGAACGGCGGACGAGCUUGUCUUGUGGAGGAAACGGAUUUAUUGAUGACUUACAUUGUUAGCAGACACGGCGAUAAAACUCCGGUUCACUCUUAUUCUAAGCCUAUCAACGGUCUAGGGUUUGGAGCUUUCUUGCAAAAGAUUGUUUUCGGUGAGAAAGCUAACGUAACGAAACAAAUCAACAGUGGCUAUGAAGUCGGAAAAUUUAUUAGAAAACGGUACGACACUCUGUUAUCGGCCGAUUUUGAUCCCAGCGAGAUUUACGUGAGAUCGACGUUUUUCCCUAGGACCAUAAACAGUGCUCUCUAUGCGCUUUCCGGGAUAUAUUCAUUGAAGGAAGAUGAGUGGUUGAAGCCCAUGGAUUGGAUACCGUGCCCAUAUAAUACGGUUUUGCCCAAAUACGAUUAUAACACAGCGUUCAUGAACUGUCCACGUUACUCUACAUUCAUGGGCACAAUCCUAUCCGGCAACCGGGAGCUGUCUCCAUUCCUGUCACUCUUCGAGAAGCUCUCGGGCUUACUAGGUUUCAACAUCACCAAGAAUCCCAUGAGCCUUAUGGGGCUUUACAACCUUAUAGUGGCGCAGAACACAGCGUUCAUGAACUGUCCACGUUACUCUACAUUCAUGGGCACAAUCCUAUCCGGCAACCGGGAGCUGUCUCCAUUCCUGUCACUCUUCGAGAAGCUCUCGGGUUUACUAGGUUUCAACAUCACCAAGAACCCCAUGAGCCUUAUGGGGCUUUACAACCUUAUAGUGGCGCAGCGAGGCAUCGGACACAAUUCAAUACUGUCUGAAAUACUUUCGCACCUCCCGCUGAUCAAGGAAGUGUGUGAUAAAAUCAUAAGUAUAGUGUUUGGAGACACGAGAUAUUUACCAUUGCAGUCAGCGGCAUCCCAGGUUCAGGCCGGUCAGAAGGUACCGAAAGUGUACCUGCAUUCAGCUCACGACUUCAACGUGUACUCUAUGAUGGCCGUGACGAAGGUGAACACAACUGGCAUGCCGAACUACGGAGCAUCCUACUCGUUGGAAUUGAGGAGGGAAAGGAGCACUCAAAAGUAUUUCGUGUUGCCAGUCUUCAUGAACGGACCAGGGGAGCCCGAGAUCUAUCUGACGAGCGAGGGCUGUGACGGACCGCUCUGUGAGUGGGAGAAGUUCCAGAGCAUCAUUUCAUCGCACGCUCUUGACGUCAGCAACUGGAGGAACAGCUGCGGCUGGAACGAGGACAUCGACGUAGACAGUUGUGCGGACUAUUAA